AUGUUAGUGGACUCACAGCUGCCAAAUAUAAUGCAUAUAGUAACAUGUCUUGCUGCGGAUGAAUCGAAUUUCAUUCGGUGUUCAAUUUUUGCGAUUGUUUCAAACAUUUUUCAUGGAAUUGCCGCUAAUCCAGUCUACAAUCUGAGUGAAGACUUACGUCGUUCGUUGACGUUGUUUUUGCGUCAGUUGAGCAGUGAAGAGACAAUGCGAUUGUUCAACGUGAUCGAAUUGGAGUCAGCACAAGAAGUUGUCAAUAGCGCACUUCGAAUGCAAAUGAUCGAGAAUGCCGAUCGAAUCGCACAUGAUUCAUCUGAUGACAAGAAAUCUAUUGACGACGACCAGAAUAUGCACACAUCCUUGUCGAAUAUUCAUCAGUUAUUAACGCUACUCAUUGCGAUGGUUACGGAUGUGGAAAAAGGUUUGGAGGGUGAACGAGACUGGCUGGUGGCAUGGCGUAAUACGGCUCGAAAAUGGGCAUUCACGGCAUCGAAUGUUCAAAUUCGUUCGUUGAUCGCUUUCAGUUGUUUAGCGAAUUCGAUCAGUGAUAACGAUAUCAAAGCUGUUGUGUCGAUUUUAGUACAGGUUCAAACAUCCAUAUUUCAAUGA